UCCAAAGGGUCAGGCCAUGCUUCAACAGAUCAGACUGUCACAGCUCUUUAAACAUCACCUCAGUGCCAUCACGGAUAUGGUUUUCUGAAAGGCAUCUCAAGUCUUUGGCAAAGGACUGACAGGAGCUUUUAAGUCCAAAGUGUAGACACUACUUGGAAGAAAGCCUGAGGAUCUUGUUUCGAAACGCUUGUUAGCUUGACAUCUGGUGCUGUUUGUUAAAGAACAUUAUUUGAUAAGGGCUGAAGAUUUGAAAGGCCAUGUGACCGGCAUGUCGAAUUCAAAAUAAUUCGUGAUGUUGCAUGUACUGCAAGUGUUUGCAAAGCCGUCCUUUUAUACUCACCCAAAUCAACUGGCCCUUGGACGUUGUGCGUGACCCAAAAUAUGCAGUAAUAUGAUGCGCAACGUUAUGCUUGCAACGCAGAUGACUCAUACCUCCGGGUCCGAGCUGUCACCCGGAGCCAGUAGUACUGUAUACUUUAUUCUGCCUGCCAGACGGCUCCAGAUAUUUGGUUACUGGCAGAGUCGUCUUCUCAUCAGCACAUGGUGACACACGUGUAGAUGCUGGCCAUGAUGGGUCACGGUAGAUUCGUGACGUUCCUCCUGCUCGUCCUGUGGUCCUGCUGCUCUGUCACUAGAGCUCAUUAUCCUCAGGAAGGUGGCGGGGAAGCCAACAUAUUUCUAAGUAUUUUAACCAAACUGGGCAAACUAGCGCGUGAGGAAGGAGCAACAUCAGGUCACAACAUCCAUCUCCGGUCUACAGUCGCUAUUGCCAACUUCAGCGCAAGUGUGGCGACAUCUGAAUCCUCAACAACAGUCUUGCUGACGUGGAAUAUCGUAGGGAAUGUGACAUACACCAGUUACUACUUGGAGUACGAGAUGUUGGACAAACAGGAUUACAUCAAGGUCCGUCAACGCAACAUAGAGGACCGGACUGCUCGAUGGUACAAGCUGGACUACCUGCAGGCAGACUCAAGGUACAAGGUGUGCCUCUUUUUGAGGAACAAGAAGACCAUCCUCGGUCGUCAGAAGAGAUGUCUGAUUGCCACCACCACCGACGACUCCAGCGGUCAGACGUGGAUGUAUGUAAUUAUUGCACUCGCAGUUGUCGUGUUAGUCUGCUUCUUCUUUGCCUCCAUCUACUUCCGAUGGGACAAGCAGGUGGUCCAGGGGGGAAUCAGAGAUAUGUUUAGGCGCAGACGGGAGAAGAGAGCGCGACUCAAACAGAGAGGGGCCGUCAAUGACAGCUCGAUGCACCGCCACUCGCGCCUGGGCCUGGACCGCACUCCCCAGCCGUCUCCCCGCCAGUCUCCCCGCCAGUCCCCGAUGUCGAAAAAGUCACCCCAAGUACAUUGAGCUCAUCAUGCCGGAAAAAAUGCGCCUGUCGAGAUAGUGUCUACGGCAAUCAUCAGGAAAUAUUAGAAAAUGUACGCUUGGUGCAAAGUAUACAUGUAUUGAAUGAUUCAACAAUUUUGGUUGAAGUUUCAUGAAUGUGUAUUGGAAAUUACAGCAUGAACUUGCUUACCGGUCUACGUCAACAUUGUAACACCCAGCAAACGGCCUCGAAUGUAGCUAACCAUGCAGAUUACUCAUAUGUAAUAAUUGGCGGCACCGGCAGGUUUUACGUAGAAAUGCACUCUUUAUAGAGACUUUGUAAUAUGAUUACGAUUUCCUUCAACUACAUAGUAGUGAACUUCAGGCUAUGUGUCAGUGAAGACCACGGCGGGAAAGUUAAACCCUCAUGAAUAGGAAUAACGGGACGAAUGGUAUGAAGUUCAAUAUUCAAUGUUUGGUCUGUCUCACAUAGAUAACUUGGUUGUCAGCUUCAGUAAGAUAGUUAUUUGCCGGAAUCAAAU